AUGGCUUCGCCAGUUCCGCAUACAAAUACGGCCAGGGCUCCGUUGGCCGAACUCCCGCUCCACCAAUUCGUAUCGCAGUCUCUUGCUGGUUCGCCGACAUCCAACUCCGAGAAACUGCUCAAGACUCCCUCGCGCUCGCGAUCCCGCUCGCCAUCUCUGUCGCGCAGCCGCAGAGGCUCCCUAUCCGUCUCGCCCCACAAGCAAGCCGUGCUGCAGAACCAUCGGCUCGUUCGCGAAGGCUCGGUCGCGUCGCCAUCGAGCUCGUCCAAUCCAUCCGAACCGAUGGCAGACACAGACGUGUCACUUCGACCUCGCCGUCUUUUUGAGGCUUCCGGACAGGCCGGUCUCGACCUCGAGGCCAGCCCGGCCUUAGCGGCGGCCACCUUUGCAGGAUCGCGAUUUUCGCCUCGCAACGUCGGAAAUCUGGUGCAUCACUCUCCCGGCCGCCCGUCGACUCCAAAGGGCGCCUCGACGACACCGCUCAACACGAGGCACCAUCGUCCUCCUCACACGUCGGGUCCGAAGCCGGCCAAGUUUGUCGAGCCAAGCCCCACAACGCAACGCAUGUCCGAGCCCAGGCCGCCCGCCACUCGCCGACGCGACCAGGACGCGGCAGCUGCCACCUCCACGCCUUCCCGCACGCGCACGCAUCAAUUGAGCGCCGCGGCCGAGACACAGACAGGGAUGGCCGCGACAGGUGCCACGACUCCUCUCGAAGACCCGAUGCAAGCAGCGUCGAGCGCGGUUCUGCAGAGCUUGCCCAAGAAGAAGCACCGGGUUUCGCGCACCGAGGUCGCCAUCGCACACGAAGAGGCGGGUGCGGGCCCCAUCGCGAGCCCCAGCCCGCGCAAGAUGACCGACUACUUUUCGCCGUCGCAAGCCGAGUCGGGCGAUUCCGUAUCGGGGCUCGCCCUCAGCCGUCCUCGGGCCGACUCGAUCACGCUCGACGCGGCGGCCGUUGCGUCGCUUCCGAGUCUGGCUGAACUAAGCGCCAAGGCGUCCGCGAAUGGUUCGGCGCUGGCGCAGUCGGGCCUCUUCCUCGGCGUCGUCGCACGUCCGCUGCCAGGAUGGACGGUGUACGAAGACCCGAGUCCGGACACGCUGGCGAGCGAAGACACGGCGCCGUCUCAGGACCAUGGUGCGAGCAGCGCCGCAUCAAGCCCGAUGUCGAGUCCGGCUCGCAACGUGCCAUCCACGCCGAACAAGGAGAACCGGCGGCCGGAUGCGGGCCUGCUGGCGUCCAUGGUGGUGCCCAUGGCGCUGCCGGAGCGCGCGUACAGUGUGGAUAUCCUGCCGGCCAAGACGGGCGCUGCGUCGAGGAAGCGAGGCACCGGCGGCCGUUUGAGUCUGCUGGCCGACGCCGAGGAUGGCGAUGCGGCCAAAGAAUUGCUGCAGCAGGGUGGCGAGGAUGGCGAUUCGGCAGUGGUUGGAUCGGGCAAGAAGCCCAAAUCCAGAGGUCACACUGGCACACCUGCGUCGGGCAUUCGCAAGGCCUCGGCGCACCAGCGCAAAGCUUCGGCCGGUAGCCGCAAGGCGUCGAGCACGCACGGAGUGGAUGCGGCUGUAUCGGUGGAUGCGGUUGCCUCGCGAACCCGAUCGCGCACGCGUGCCUGA